CGAGCCAUACGAGCACUGCCAACUUCGGUGCACGCUCAGGUGGCGGCUUAGGAGUGACGGCUGGAGCCGUCGGCGCAAGUGGUGCUGGUGGAAAAUUACAAGGACACUACGGAGGCGCGUCAAGUGUGGGUUCUGGUGUAUAUUCAUCUUAUGGCGCGGCAGGUGCGCCAUACUUACAUAUGCCGAGUGGUAAUGGAAUUUGCUAUGGAAGCACAGCCGUAGGCGGAGCAUAUGGCAGCAACUUAGGUGCAGGUGGAGUUGGCCUAAGGGUGCCUUUUUCAAACGGAAAUCUCGUUUCUUAUGGAGGAGCAACCUCAUCUGGAGGUACUGGGCUUGUCGGUGGAGCCACUCUUCCUGGGGUAGCGAUGGGGAGUGCGCUUGGAGGCAGCACCACAGGCGUCGGUACCGGCGUGGGGCUUAAAGGGGGCCUGGGAGGCCUGGGAGGCUAUGGAGGCUCUUCAUAUGGAUUAUACAGAUAUCCAGGAGGCUUUGGUGGUGCCAACUAUGGUGCACUGAGCUGGCGCGAAAGGUGCAGGCUAAGGCACAGGGAGCGCCAGCUGAGGCGCCUUCUGCUCCGUUUGCGGCGCCACCAGCUGGCUCUCGCUCGACUAGGUUACGGUGGUUGGGGCUAUGGACCUGGCUUUGGAACAGGAAUAGGAGCAGGCGCAGGCUUGGGAGCCGGUGCUCUUGGAGGACUGGGAGGACGAGCAGGAGCUGGGCUAGGCGGCAACCUUGGUGGCGGCUUGGGAGGCAGUGGCGGAGUUCGUGGUCGAACGCGAGGUCACCUAAAUGUCAAUAGCAAUCUUUACGGUGGAUUCAACCUCGGCAUUGACACAGGUUUAAGUUCAAAUGUGGCAGGGUACGGCAACGCAGGCGGAGGCGUCCUUGGUGGUGUGCGUGGUGGCGUCGGGGCAGAGGCAGCUGGCAGUCUUGGUGCUGGUGCGCAUGGUGGUGCCGCUGUUUCUGGUGCAAUAUUUGAAAAACAAUCUAAGUGAGAGAACGCGGGGAAUUCUGUCGAUACGUAAGGAAGGAAAGCCGCUUCUUCAUCUGUUUCCUCCUGCCUAAGUACCAGGGCCUAUCUUAGGCAGGCGACUUUUUUGUACAAUAAAAUAAGCGCUCCAACUAAAUUAUGACUAAUUUUUCAAGUAAACGUACAAUAAACGGUGUAAUCAGCCAUUACCAAAGUAGCAUUUGCCGCAGCUAAGUACACGUCAAUAAAAACUUCCAUUUCCUGGAAGCUCUG